UAUUUAAGCAUGCUUAUUGGUUGACACAUUCUUCAGGGCCGACUGAAAAUAGCAGACUUUGGUUGGGCUGCACAGCUACAGGCGCAUGUAAAGAGACAAACUAUGUGUGGCACCAUAGAUUACCUUGCUCCAGAAAUGGUGCAGAAUAAGGCUCAUGAUCAAACAGUUGAUAAUUGGACACUAGGCAUUCUUUGCUAUGAAUUUCUUUAUGGUGUCCCACCAUUUGAAGCUGAGGAUAAAUACGAUACUUUCAGAAGGAUUCUUAAGGUUGAUGUUGUAUUCCCUUCUUCACCUCUUGUUUCUCCAGAAGCAAAGGAUUUAAUCUCCAAGCUUCUAGUGAAGGAUUCAUCGAAGAGGCUCUCUCUGCAGAAAAUUCUGGAGCAUCCAUGGAUAGUUCAGAAUGCAGAUCCUUCAGGAUGUGGCUUCUAGAUGAAUAAGUUCUUGACUUCUAGAUGAUUCCGUAUUUCUAUUUUCUAGCAAAAAUUUAUGUUUUGUUAUUUUUAUUAGCUUUUGGAUUUAGGGGCUAUUUGGUAUGCUGAAUUAAGAGGGCAAAGUAAUUAAAUUACGUGCAUUUCAUAAAUUACACUGUUUGGUUGGUUUUGAGCGGAAUGAAAAUAAUUCCUCCGAAGUAUUACCAGUGUAUUGCCACGGGCAUUUUGCGUGACUUCAAAACCCGCUCAAUUUGAGCAAGUUACAAAAUAUCUCACGCAAAAUACUGUGAACCAGCCUCGCACGAGAGAGUAGAAAACUCGCAGAAGAGGAAUACCUUCCUUUCCAGAUCGUCAAUUUACCGUCACGGAUCUUUGAGGUAGGGCUUUCUUCUUCGGCUACGCUGGUUCGCGUGGGGCAAAGCUUCCAACGAGUCGCUUGCCAUUGCCUGUCGAGGAUUUUCUUUUCCUCUUUUGCAUUUAUUCCUUGCGCGUGAAGUAGAGUUCUAAAAUAGCCGAUGCUUCUCCGCCUCCUCCUGCGACGUUGUUCCUGUCGGAUCUGAAGUGGCACCGGAGCUCACCGCGAAUGUAACCAUAUUUCUCCUUUUUUGCUCGCUUCUUCGGUCGGAUUUACAUAAUCUGCAAAGAGUUCGAAUUCAAACAGGCCCUACAUCUUUUCUCUCAGAGCCUUAACGACUUAACGUUCACAGCUUUGUUCAAUCAUGACCGGAGGAGGUAGGCGUCGGGAAAAUUCGAUCUCUCGAAGAAAUCCAUCAAAGCAGAAGCUCCGGCUUUCCGCAUAAGAGGUUCUUGAAAGCAAGUUUUACUUCAUUCUCUUCACUGAAUGAGAGAAGAGGCUCGGAUAGCUGCUAACCCUAUUGUUGAUCAAAAAGUACCUCCAGUUUCUGCUGGAGAUUUGAGCUUUGGAUCUGGCGCUCAGCUCAAAAAAUCUGUAAAUUCUACUUCAAUUUAGCUUUGAAUAUUCUCCGAUACAUUUAUUUCUUUUACUGUAGUUCUACAGUAUACAACUCUUAAAUAUGUAAAUCGAAUUGUUCUUUCACAGAUUUAGUGCUUGUUUUCUUGUUUCCA